AUGACGGGGGAAAUGAUCGAGAAUGCUGUGAGGAGCGGCAAAAUAGAGUCAGGAGAGAGUGCCAGAAAGUCAGCCCCAAGGAAAAGGGAUAAUAAGCACAUUCAACAAGGGGCAGUCCAAGUCAAUUACCGUGAAUCAACCCAAAACGGUGACUACCAAUCAACAAAGCUCUUAUCCCCUUUUUACCUAGAGCCACUGCAGCCCCCGUAUCCCAAAUGGUAUGACACAAACGCCCAAUGUGAAUACCACGCGGGAAUUACCGGGCACUCAAUUGAGAAUUGCACUGCAUUUAAGAAAGUAAUUAAAAGACUCAUUAAGGUGGGGAUUGUGAGAUUUGAUGACCCAGCCACGCCCAAUGUAGCAGGAAAUCCACUCCCCAAUCAUACCGACCAAGGAGUGAAUGGGAUAAGUGAAGGCUUGAACAGGAAGACCAAAUAUGAGAUGGCAGAAGUCAGGACCCCAUUGAGGCGGGUAUGGAAGGAGAUGGCCAAGAGAGGAUUGAUUGUGUUGGACUCGAGGGAAGAAUCCAAAGAAGAGAGAAACUACUGUGAGUUUCACGACAAGGUGGGGUAUGAAAUCCAAGAUUGCGUGGAGUUCAGAGCCCUAGUACAAAACAUGAUGAACAAUAAAGAAAUUGAAUUCUAUGAAGAGACCGAAAACCCCGUAGAAGGGGAUAUAUGUGCAUCGGAGGGAGAAUUGACGGCACAAAAUCGAAUGCCUAACUAUCCCGUGGUGAUUAUUUCGAGACCCAAAAAUAAUGAAGCCGGAGUACAAAUACCACCGAGGGUCAUAAUCCAAAGACCUGCAAUUUUCCCUUACAAAGACAGCAAAAAGGUCCCAUGGAAUUAUGAUUGCAGUGUGAUGAUGCCGGGAAAGGAGAGCCUGGUUGACGCUUCAAGAGGAGACCAAGGUAAGGGUUUCUAUACACGUAGCGGGAGGCGUUACGAUACGGCGAAUGAGGAGGUGCAGCCCACAAAAGGAAAAGCCCAGGUGGUUGAGGAAAUGAAAGGAAAAGUAACCAAACCUAUUAAUGAGCCAGUUAACGAAGAGGAGGCCAAGGAGUUUUUAAAAUUCCUAAAGCAUAGCGAAUACAACGUGGUGGAACAGCUACGUAAACAACCAGCCCGUAUUUCGGUGUUGGCCUUACUUCUAAGCUCAGAAGUUCAUCGUAGCGCGCUAAUAAAGGUCUUAAACGAGACAUACAUAGCCAAUGACAUCUCCGCUAACAAACUGGACCGUUUGGUGAACAACAUAAGUGCCGACAAUUUUAUCUUCUUUAAUGACGACGAGAUACCACCCAGGGGCAUGGGGUCAACUAAAGCUUUGCAUAUCACCACGCGCUGUAAAGGGUACACGCUGCCAGGCGUACUGAUUGACAAUGGGUCGGCUUUGAACGUCUUGCCUUUGACCAUGCUAAAUAGAUUACCUAUAGACAGCUCUCACAUGAAGGAGUGCCAGAAUAUCGUAAAAGUAUUUGAUUGCACGAAGAGAAAGGUGAUGGGCAGAAUCGAGGUACCUCUUCAGAUUGGGCCAAACACAUAUGAGGUGAAUUUCCUCGUAAUGGACAUUAAGCCCUCAUACAAUUGCUUAUUGGGAAAGCCCUGGAUACAUUCGGCUGGGGCAGUGCCUUCCUUGUUGCAUCAGAAAUUGAAGCUAGUAUCGGAAAGGAGAUUGAUAACGAUCAAGGCUGAGGAGGAUAUUAUUGCAACUGUGAGCAAUAAUGCACCCUAUUUGGAGAUAGAUGACGAAGCAAUCGAAUGCUCAUUUCGAUCUUUGGAAUUUGUUAAUGCGAUGUUCAUCAGCGAGGGAAGCAAAAUUCUGGUGCCAAAAUUGUCCAAAGCCACGAGGAUGAGCCUCCAACUGACGAUCAGAAGAGGGGCCCUACCCGGAAAGGGACUUGGGAGACAUCUGCAAGGAAGGGUUAAAGCGUCAAUGCCGAAACACAAGAGAGACCGCUUCGAUUUAGGAUUUAAGCCGGAUGCAAAACAAAAGAGAAAGGAGCUGGAAAAGAAGCAAGAAAGAAGAAGAGCUCGAUUAACGGGGAAAGAAAUCAAGUGA